GUUACAUAAGUUUUGUUUUAUCGAUGAAUUAUAGGUUAGUUAGUGUUAAAAUUUAAAGUAGUGAACAAAGUUCAAUAUAAUGGCUGCUCUAAAUAAAAGUAGAAAUUUGUCCAUCUUAAAUGUUUUGUUUUAUAAAGUCAAUUAUUGUCCGCGUGUGAACGUUAAGAGAAAUCUUAAUCUUCAAGAAUAUCAUAGUAAAGACUUAUUGAGAAAACAUCAGGUUUCUAUUCAGAAUUUUCGACUUCUCGACUCUAAAUUGGAUUCGAAGAUCUUAUCGGACUUUAAAGCUAAAGAAUAUGUGGUGAAAGCACAAAUUUUAGCUGGUGGCAGAGGAAAAGGUCAUUUUGACAAUGGUUUUAAGGGUGGAGUCCAUUUGACUAAGAAUCCAUCCGAAAUAUUACCCUUAGCAAAAAAUAUGAUUGGCCACAAAUUAAUCACCAAACAAACCCCAAAAGAGGGCAUAUUAGUUGAUAAGGUAAUGGUAGCUGAAAGUGUUAAUAUUAUAAGAGAGACAUAUCUUAGUAUUAUUAUGGAGAGAACAUACAAUGGUGCUGCACUGGUAGCUUCACCGGCAGGAGGCAUGGAUAUUGAAGCUGUAGCAGAAAAAACUCCUCACUUGUUGAAGACUGUCCCUAUAGAUAUUUAUGAAGGAGUUACUGACAAAGUAGCCAUUGAAAUUGCAGAAUUUUUAGAAUUCAAAGGUGGCAUGGUACAAAAGUGUGCAGAAGAAAUAAAAAAAUUGUGGAAUCUUUUUAUUAAGGUUGAUGCUACACAACUUGAAAUUAAUCCUUUGGUUGAAACAGACGAUGGGCGGGUUGUUGCAGUAGAUGCAAAAAUUAAUUUUGAUGACAAUGCAGAAUUCAGACAAAAGGAGAUAUUUGCUUUGGACGAUGUGUCCGGUGUGGAUCCUAGAGAAAGGGAAGCAGCAUCAUUGAAUUUGACGUACAUAGACAUGGAUGGUAGCAUCGGUUGCAUGGUUAAUGGUGCUGGGUUAGCAAUGGCGACGAUGGACCUGAUUAUGUUGAGCGGAGGAAGGCCAGCAAACUUCCUAGAUCUCGGUGGAGGAGUAGGCCAAGCCCAGGUGUCGGCAGCUUUGAGAAUUUUGGAGUCUGAUCCUAAAGUAAAGGCGAUAUUUGUUAAUGUUUUUGCUGGUAUUGUUAAUUGUGCCACAGUCGCAAAUGGCAUAGUGGCGGCGUGUAAAGAGAGCCCCCCAAAAUACCCACUUGUUAUCAGAUUGGAAGGCACAAAUGCAUCCGCUGCUAAAAAAAUACUUGAAGAGUCCGGAUUACCCUUCAAAAUUAUAAAUGAUGCAGAUGAAGCAGCUAAAGCUGUGGUUAAAUUGGCGCAAUAAUUGAAUCAAAUAUGAAGUAAUUCAUGUUAAAUUAAGCACAAAUGACAAGAUUGGGACGGUUUAAAAUGGAAUUAUAUAAAAUAUACAGUGAAA